AUGCUGUCGCCGAUAGUUCACUCGGUCAGCCAGGUGGCCGUCUAUCUCAAGGACAAACUUGAGUCGGACGGCCUCCUUUCUCGCCUGACCGUCCAGGGCGAAAUCGCCAACCUCCGCACCGUCGCGUCCGGUCACUCCUAUUUCACCUUGCGCGAGGACGGCAGCAGCAUCCGUUGCGUGAUGUUCCGUGGCCGCGCGGGCCAGGAGUACCUGGAGGACGGUCAGGAGAUCCUGGCCGGCGGUAAUUUCACGUUCUACCCGCCGUCGGGCGAAGCCAACAUGCAGGUCGCCGCUGUGCUGCCAGUCGGCGCCGGCGCCCUCGCCCUGGAGUUGGCUCGCCUCCGGCAGCAAUUAGCCGCCGAGGGCUUGUUCGACCCUUCGCGUAAGCGACCCGUGCCCGUGUUCCCGCGGGUGAUCGGCGUGGUCACGUCACCCAGCGGGGCAGUCUGGCAGGACAUCCAGAACGUUGUGUUGCGGCGUUACCCACUGGCAGAGUUGCGCCUGUCCCCCACCGCCGUCCAGGGUGAUAUUGCCUCCGAACAAAUCGCUGCGGCCGUCAGGUCACUCAACGAUGAGGGUGUCGCCGACGUCAUCAUCGUCGCUCGCGGCGGUGGAUCCCUUGAAGAUCUGUGGUGUUUCAACUCCGAAGAAGUCGCCCGGGCCAUCUUUGCCAGCGGUAUCCCGAUUGUUUCCGGUGUUGGCCAUGAGACCGACACGACCAUCGCGGAUGAUGUCGCAGACAGGCGUGCUCCCACCCCUUCGGCGGCUGCGGAACUGGCGACGCCGGACCGCAACCAGCUUAUGGUGGAUAUCUACGGCGCUCGCCAGCAAAUGACUUCGCUGAUGGCUGGCCACGUUGACCGUCUGCGGUCAUCGGUGCUCUCCCAGCAGCAACGCCUCCAGCGGCGCGUCCCCGACGUUGCCUCUCUGCGCCGACGCGUCGACGAGUACGCGGAACGCGCGACCUCGUCGAUCCGCCAUCGCCACGCUCUGACCGGACGGGACGUCGCAUCCUUGGCGAGCAAGCUGGGCGCGUUGAACCCGGCCGACACCUUGCGCCGCGGUUAUGCGGUCGUCCGGUUAUCCGAGGAUGGUUCCGUUCUAACGUCGCCCGACCAGGCAACUGACGGCGUCCGUCUGGACAUCUCCCUCGCCAACGGCGCGCUUUCGGCCACCGCCGGCCAUCCACCCCGGUCACCUUCCUCCGACGAUGCUCCCAUUCACACGCAGGUGAGCCCCGUCGCCAGCGAUGGCGUCGCGUCCCCAACGCCGCGCAAACGCGGCAGCCGCCGCUCCCCCGGGCCACCGCCGGCGAUGAAGCCGCUGCUCUAA